GCUCGGGCGUGGACGGGGCGGGCGCCGGGGCGGGGCGCGCGUCCUCGCGGGUCUGAAUGGAAGGGUCGAGGUCGUCGGCGGCGGCGAGCAGAUCCUGAAGCCAGAACUCCACCCCGGCGCCCGCGCCAUGCGGCGGGAGAGGUGCGGCGCCCCCCACCCGCGUCGCCGCCAUGGAGGUGCUGCGGCGCUCCUCGGUCUUCGCCGCCGAGAUCAUGGACGCCUUUGACCGCUCGCCCACCGACAAGGAGCUGGUGGCCCAGGCCAAGGCGCUGGGCCGGGAGUACGUGCACGCGCGGCUACUGCGCGCCGGCCUCUCCUGGAGCGCGCCCGAGCGCGCCGCGCCGGUCCCGGGACGCCUGGCCGAGGUGUGCGCGGUGCUGCUGCGCCUGGGGGAUGAGCUGGAGAUGAUUCGGCCCAGCAUCUACCGCAACGUGGCGCGUCAGCUGCACAUCUCCCUGCAGUCUGAGCCUGUGGUGACCGAUGCGUUCCUGGCCGUGGCUGGCCACAUCUUCUCUGCAGGCAUCACGUGGGGCAAGGUGGUGUCCCUGUAUGCGGUGGCCGCGGGGCUGGCCGUGGACUGUGUGAGGCAGGCCCAGCCUGCCAUGGUCCACGCCCUCGUGGACUGCCUGGGGGAGUUCGUGCGCAAGACCCUGGCGACCUGGCUGCGGAGACGCGGCGGAUGGACUGAUGUCCUCAAGUGUGUGGUCAGCACAGACCCUGGCCUCCGCUCGCACUGGCUGGUGGCCGCACUCUGCAGCUUCGGCCGCUUCCUGAAGGCUGCCUUCUUCGUGCUGCUGCCAGAGAGAUGAGCUGCCCACCUGGCAGUGGCCGCAGCCUGGCCCUCUGGGCCCCACGCAGGAGGCCCUCAGCACCCAACAUGUCUCCCUCCUCCCCACCCAAGCCUGAGCACGCUAACCUUUGGAGACCCCCUAAGCCCCGUCCCUCCGCAGACCCAGGCCCUCCGGAAGGGGUGAGCAGGGAGGGGCUUUCCUGAGCCUGGAGCUGGGCUUUGGGGCAGCCUGCGACCCUCCCCACUUGUGCCCCUUUUCCUGGGAUCUCUGUGUUUUCCCUUUUCUUUCUGGGGCCAGGAAGUCAGGGUCAACUCCCAGGCCCCAGAUGAAGGGGCCCGGGAACACCUCUCACCUGAGCCCCAGAUGAAGGGGCCCGGGAACACCUCUCACCUGAGCCCCAGGUGCAGGGGCCUGGGAACACCUGCUCGCACCUGAGCCCCAGAUGAAGGGGCCCGGGAACACCUGCUCGCACCUGAGCCCCAGAUGAAGGGGCCCGGGAACACCUCACCUGAGCCCCAGGUGCAGGGGCCCGGGAACACCUCUCACCUGAGCCCGGGGGUCCCAUCCCAGGAAGAGGGGCUGUCUCAGGACAUGAGUCCUCGGGGCCCUGCACAUUCAAUCUGAAGGUGACCCUGGCCUGUGAAGCUGGAAGAGCCGCGGGGACUCAGCCUGUAAACACAGCGUAAGGCUCACGUGCUGGUUGCUUAGUCCGUUUCUGGAGGAAGAGUAUGACCCCCACCUGUGACAGGGUCCUUGUGUGGUGGGGACCCCUAACCCCUGGAUGUGGAACCUACAGCUGAGAAGGAACGUUGCAUGAGUCGGAUCCCAGUCCAUUUUCACGUCAGUGGAGGGUGAGGGUGACCCCAUCUGCCAUUUUUGUGCCCAUCCUCAUACAACCAUUUGGGGAUGUAUUAGGGCUCCGUAAGAACUCAGAUGCCCGGGAAGCCCAGCCCCUCAGGUGCCCCCACACACAGCCUUCCCUUGACACCUACAUUUCUAGGCACAUGUGAGGCAUCCUCUUUCCUGGAGCCCCAAGCCAGCCCUGUCCCGCCCCAGUGCAGCAUGGCACUCAGGAGAUACAGGCUGGACAUGGGGCAGUCGUUCUGGGGAGGCCUGGCCUAGCAGCCUGCCCUCCACACGCCGCCCACCUGAGCCCUCCCUGCCAGGCUUCGUGCUGGGGCGGGCCACGUGCCAGGACAAGAGAACCCCGGCAGCAAGCCAGCCCCGGCCUCACAUGGCAUUCACAUCCCACUGGAGGAUAGGGGUGAAUAAACUUCUCCAAAUGAUCGUUCUCAUUUUA